AUGGACCUGCGUGCGACGACAGUUCGGGAGCCACCGCUUGCGACAGUUUUUCGAACCACUGAGUACUCUGGCUCAGUUGCCAAACUGCAAGACGACAACAAUCCAGUCUGGGAACAAUACUUCACGACCAGCCAGGUCAACAAUUACCCUGGCUCAUUCAAACUCGAGUUGGAAUUCUACGACGCAGACUUUUUGUCAAACCAGAUUCUGGGCUCCAUCGUCCAAACCUACACAGCGGGCUCUUCUGCUGCUUACAUUCCCAUUACUGUCAAUAAUCCUUUCGCUUCUGCAUAUUGGAUCAAGUUUGCGUAUCGUGUUAUUUGCCAAGCCAACUAUUACGGGCCGACGUGCGACACGUUCUGCACCACCUCCACUGGAAACUGUAGUACCUGCGAUCUCGUGUCUGGCGCUUGCACGGCUUGCAAAUCAGGCUACACUGGCACUCCGUCCUGCUCCACUUGCGCCACCAACUACUAUCCGAGCGGCUCUGGUUCAUGUGUGUAUUGCAUACCCAAUGACGGUGGCUAUUACACUUGCUCAUCAACAGGCACUAAGGUUUGCACUCCUGGCUACACGGGUGCCAGUUGCAACACGCUCGUUUCCUGCCCGACCGCUCCAGCUGCGCCGACCAACACCACCAAAAGCCAAUGCAGCUCUGUCAGCGCCAACUCCACUUGCACCUACCAGUGCAAUACUGGCUACUCAAUCUCUGCAGGCUCUCCAAACAUCACUUGCAGCACAACAGGCGCAUGGGCACCUACAGCUACAACUCUCAGAUGCGUUGAUACAAACGAGUGCAACAACUUGAACGGCGGCUGCAACCAAACUUGUCUCAACACCCCUGGAUCGUACGACUGUAGCUGCCUCACUGGCUACACGAAAAACGGCGAUGGCAAAGGCGAAACCGGCUGUCUCGACAACAACGAGUGCAGCAGCGCCAACGGCGGCUGCCAGCACACUUGCACCAAUCUGCCUGGGUCCUACGCUUGCUCGUGCAACAGUGGAUACCAGCUGCAGCCUGACGCCAAAUCUUGCAUCAACAUCAACGAGUGCACGACUGGAAUGCACAACUGCGCUGCGAAUGCCACUUGUGCCGACACUAUUGGCUCGUUUACUUGCACCUGCAAGGCUGGCUUUUCCGGCAACGGAACGCACUGCGACGACGUGAAUGAGUGCAAUGGCAUCCCGUUCCCGUGCAGCAGUGACGCCCUAUGCACAAACACCCCUGGAAACUACUCGUGCGCCUGCAAGCCUGGCUUUUUGGGCAAUGGUUUGGAGUGCGCGGCUGAUGGUCGCGUUGCGUUUGAUGUGUCGUCUCGCUUCCUGGUGGUUCGUCGACCCGAGUCAGGCACGAGCACAAUCUCCCUGGUUGUUGAGGCUCCAGUCCAGGUUGAUGCGACUGUUCAAUUUUCCAUCAGCUCGGCAUCUUUGACUGCUGUUUCUUCGGCACCGCUGCAGUUUUCUUCGACAGUGCAUCAGCAGACCAUCACACUGAACCUUGCUGCAAGCGGCAGCGCGUUGGCUCAAGAAACGAUCGACAUUCAACUUGCCAGCCCCGUCAACAUGGCAUUGGACGACCACUUUAACAGGUCUCAGAUCGUGAUUGAAGCCAGCCAGUCGCAGUUUGGCACGGUCGGCGUGUCCGCUGGCUCCCGUCAGAUCAGCUUGAGCAACGUCAUGGCCAACCCGGAGUUCUCAAUCACGUUGGAGCGUUUCAGCGCCGUUUCCUAUGCCUCGGCCGUCGAUAUCACGUUUUCCGUGACCUCCACUGUGGCCAGUUCCACCACAUUCGUUGCGACAAUUCCCGCAGGCCAGCAAACUUUUGCGGUUUCCAUCACAGUGCCAAACAUGGGUACUCCGACUGUCCCUUCAACGCUGACGUACACCAUCACUGCUGCGACCGCUGUGACUCUUGGCGAAGCGACUCCGAUCGGCUACUACGGAUCGUCGGUCGUUGCAGUGCCCGAACAUGACUACCCCUACGGUCUGUUCAGCAUUGCUAAUACUGCGUCUUCUUGGCCUGAACCAUCAUCGGCCAGUCUCACCAUCACUCGUGCUCGUGGUAGCGUUGGCACUGUCACUGUCCGCGUCACUCCGUACGCUGUCGCAUUCAACACGUCAACUGGCACACCUGUGGCCACCAUCGACUUGGAUUUCGCUUCGACACCUGUGGAUGUCGAGUUUACCGCUGGAAUCCUGACCAAGAACGCUCUUGUUGCCAUCCUGGAUGACACCAUUCCUGAACUCGCCGAGGUCUUUGGCGUUCGCCUCGAGAUUGUCAGCGGCGGCGGUGCGGUUGACUCGACUGCUUCCAACGUUCUGGUGACAAUUGCGGAAAGCGACAGCCCGCAUGGCGUUUUGGCAUUUGACGCUGCCACAUUGGCGGUUGACGAGCCCGCUUCUGACAGCAGCGUGUCCAUUACCAUUACUCGAACGGCAGGCCUGUUUGGCGACGUUACGUUUGCCUGGGCGACCUCCAUCACCGGCUCCGACCACAACGUCAAUGCCCAAGCUGGACUGGACUUUGUGGAAGGCGCAGGCACUGUGACGCUGCUUCAGGGCCACUCGAGUGCGGUCAUUCAGGUCGUCAUUCGUGCGGAUUCGCUUCCGGAACUGGACGAGACGUUCGCUGUUACCCUGUCCAGCCCCACUGGCGGUGCGACCUUGGGUGCACAGUCGACAAUCACAGUGACCAUUAACAAGAACGACAAACCCUACGGCACCAUUGGCUUUGUCACUCCAACGUUGACCAAGUCGGCUGAUGGCAGUGCACGGUUCCUCGUCACUGGUGGCUCAACUUUCACUGCAGAGGUUGCGCGCUAUUUCGGCACAUUCGGAACUGUGACAGGCGAUGCCACCUUGCAAUUCACAACACCGGUGACUGCCGCUGACUUUAACAAUCAAGUGGUGCGGACUGUGAGCUUUGCGGCUGGCCAGACGUCGCAGACAUCCAACUCUUUCAACGUCGUUGCCGCUCAAGCCCCUGUUCGUCUAUUCGACAUUGUUCUGAGUCCCAGCUCGGGAUCUCUGGCGACCCUCGAUGCUGACGCCCCUUCUGUCAUUCCAUGUGCCAUCGAGGCCAGCAACGCCGUGGACGGCGUCGUCCGUUUCACUUCCCUCACAUUCAUUGCUCAGGAGAGCGCUGGUGUUGCGCUCGUCACGGUGGAGCGCACUGGCUCAGCGCUUGGUGCCGUGACAUUCACCUACAGUGUCCGAACUGGCACAGCCGGCGGUGAAGACUUUGACGCCUCCAUCCAGGACGCGCCCGUUGUGAUUGAAGCCGGUGCAGCGAGCACUGUGAUUAGCAUUGCGGUUGACGACGACGAUAUUCCCGAGCUGGACGAGACGUUCACUGUGCUCUUGACGGGCAUCACUGCGGGCUCCGCCUACCUCACCUAUGCCUCUGUGGCCACGGUCACGAUUGCAGCCAACGACGAUCCUAACGGCUGGAUAGAGUUUGCACCCUCCGGCAAUCCGCUUGGCGACGAUGUUUAUACGGUUCGAGAAGAUACCCCUUCACUUAACAUUCCUGUGCUGCGCAACGGCGGCCGAUUUGGCGCAGUGGACGUCACUGUCGUCGCUGGCACGAACGCGUCCAUCGCCCCGUUUACGGCCUUCCUGAAUCGUGACCAUCCGGACGAAGGCGUAUCCUUGACUUCCGACUUGCAUGUCACAUCACCACUCGUGGUGCACUUUGCUGCUGGACAGAGCACUGCGUCGGGCGCGCUUGUGCUGACGAUUCUGAAGGACAACGUGCUUGAAGGGGCCAAAGCCUUAUACCUUGCUUUGCAAGACCCGACGAAUGGUGCUCAGCUUGACGCACGCAAUGUCAUUAUGGUUGAGCUUCGUGAUGGCGAAGACUCGGCCGCUAACAGCGCUGCAGCAGCAGUGCCCAUUGCCAUUGGAGUGGUGGUCGGAUGCGCGGCGGUGAUCCUGCUCGUUGUGAUUGUGUUGCGCCGUCGCAAACGAGCUCGCCAUCAAAACCAACUCUUGAAGGCGACAGAAUCAGGAUAUGCAGUGCCCAUGCAAACAGUCACCAUCCCGUCCAAGGGGGAUGCAAGCGAACCUCUGUAUGCGACUGCAACUGCAACAUACAGCAACAGUGCUGCAUCUGCAACGUCCGGAUCUGCCAACUACGACACGAUCGAUGCCCGAAGAAAUCCCAACGAAGCCAUCUACGACGACGCCGUGCCACUUUCUCGCAUCCACACAACUCCAACUGCGAUAUCCAACCAGCUUCGAAACAAUCUUGUCCUUGGGGAAACACUGGGCUCUGGCGCGUUUGGUGUUGUCGUAGCAGGGCAGCUCUCCCUUGAGUUUGUGCCGCAAGAUGCCAUCUAUCUCUGCGCCAAGCGAAAUCAAUCAACGCUCGCGGUAGCGGUCAAGCAACUCGCAGCUGAUGCCACGGCGAACUCUCGCGAAGAUUUCUUCGAAGAAGCGCAGAUGGUCUGCCGAUUUAGCCACCCCAACAUUGUGCGGGCGCUUGCGGCACUGCUCGAACGCGACCCCAACAUGUGCAUCCUGGAACUGAUGCCGUACGGAGAUCUCCGAAGCGUGUUGCGGAACUCUCUGAAGGACAAUGUGUACUGGAGUGCUGCGGAAAUGUCGUUUGCGCUGCAGCAAGUGGCCUCAGGCUUGGCAUACCUUGAGACACAGAACUUUGUCCAUCGCGACCUCGCUGCUCGCAACUGCUUGGUCGGAGCAGGCCUCUCUGUCAAGAUCUCGGACUUUGGUCUGUCCAGGGCGCUGGAAGAGAAGGACUACUAUCAUAUGGAGACGAACGGUCGCCUGCCUGUCAAGUGGAUGGCGCCCGAGUGUCUGAACUUUCGAAGGUUUUCUCCUCAUAGCGAUGUGUGGGCGUACGGUGUCUUGGCUUGGGAGGUCUAUGCGUAUGGCGCAACGCCUUAUGGCAACUUGGCUGCAGGCCGGGAGGUGCUUGCUCAAGUGGAAGCUGGCUUGCGACCGCAGAAGCCAGAGUCGUGCCCAGAUGCAGCGUAUGCUCUGCUUGAGCGUUGCUGGGAUUUGAUUCCUACUGCGCGACCGACAGCAUCAGAGCUGCAAAAGUUCUUUGCGGUGGGCGCAUCGGAAGGUGCUAUUCGAGACAUUGGUGCAAUGUUGUGAACCAGCUUUUGACAUUUUGUUUUGCGCAUCUCUUGUCUUGUUUGCUUUGGAUUGAAACACC